AAAAGGCUGUAAAGGAACAUAAGGACCUGGAGGAGGCACAAUAGAUAUCUCUAUGAGCGAAAAUCUACAUUGCGGUGGUGCAGGUGGUUCUUUUGGAUCAGCAGGGGGGUCUCCUGGAUCUCAGAAGGAAAUUUAUAAUGAUUUAUGUGCUAAAAUUUAAAGUAAAAAAGGUUAUGGAAACCCUUUGUAUCCAAUUUUCGAAGGAAGUGGUGGAGGAGGAUUUAUUGUUGGAAUGGAAGAAAAAGAUGUAGUACUAAAUGCAGGAUUCGGAGGGGGGUUUAUAUAUGUUGAAAGUAUAAAAAUAAUGCUUGAAGGGAUAAUAAAAGCAGAUGGAAUUAGUCCUGAAAAACCCGAAUAUAUGCAUUUAGGAUCAGGUUCGGGUGGAUCAAUUUAACUUCAUGGAGUUUUUAUAGAAGGAGUAAAUGGAAUUAUUAGUGCUAAUGGAGGAGAAAAUACAGGAAUUGGGGGAGAAGGGGGUGCUGGCAGAAUUCUAAUUAAUUAAACUAAAUGGUAUAGUGAGAAUUUUUAUCCAGAAAAAAUAGGAAUUUUAGUAUCUGUUUAAUAAGGGGGAAGAAAAAAUGUUAUAAAAAAUCAAAUAUAGGUUUUCAAUGGAACUAUUUUUAGUAACCCGUGCUUGCCUGGAUACGAACCGUAUAAAGGACUUUUUUAGUGUAAGAAAUGUAGUUUAGGGAAGUAUAAAAAAAGUGUGGGAAGAGAUAUGUGUUUGGAUUGUGAAAAUGAAAAUAAGGAGAGAUUAGAGUUUGUAAAAGAAGACUUUUUGUAAAAAAGGGAGUGUAGUUAUGUCUGUAAGAGUGGCUUUAAGAGUAUCAAAAGGAAUAAUGAUAAGAAUAUAGUCUGUUUAGAAAAUUUCGAAUAUUUUUUAGCAAUAAUGGGAAAUGAGAAUGUCGUAUAUGGGUUGGGAAUGGUAAUUUUGAGUAUUUUAAUAAAUAUAGGAAUGUAUAUUUUGAGGAAAAGAAAAUAAGGGAGAAUUCUUUAGAAAUAUCAAAGAGGUUUUGGGGAAGAAAAUAGUUUUGAAGAAGAUUUUGAACAUUUUAAUCUAUAAGAUAUUACUUUUCAUGAAAAGAGAAUGUUUUUAGAUGGAAAUAAUGAGCCUUCUUGCCCUUUUAAGAUAAACGAAGCUUUAAAAAAGGAUUGUUUAUGUUUUUUAAAUAGAAAAUUUUUUUGUAGAGAUGAAGACUUGGAAAAUGAUGUUUUUGAAAAAAUAAAUUAAGUUUUUUAAUUUGGGAAGGUUAGUGUAUUUUUAUUGGGGUUUUUGAAGAUUUUUUUCCCAUUUUUUUAUUAUAAGAUUUUACUUUAGAUAAAAAUGAGAAAAGUUUUAGUAGCUGAAGGGAUUUUCUUUCAAUAUUUAAGGGAAAAUUUCACAAAAAGGGAUUUUUGGAUCAAGUUUACAUACAAUAAAAAUUUCGAUUAGGUUUUUUUGGAUUAUAUAGACUAUACGAAGACUAAAUUAUAAUGGAAUAUAGAAUAAAAAAUGCCGGUUUUGAUACUUUUUUAGGGAAAUGGAUAGUUUAUGAAUCCUUUUUGUAUAAAUAUGGAAGAUUCUAUUAGAAAAAUAAACAUUUUAGAGACUUUUGAGAAAUUCUGUGAAAGCUUUGAGGAAUUUUUAGAUGUUGUAAAGGAAUAUGAAAAGGAAGUUUUUGAAAAAUUUGGGACCUUUUUAUAAGUUUGUGUACAUGUUUUAAAUGAGGAAAAUGGGAAAGUGUUUGUUUUGGGAAAUGAAGAUGAUGUUAAAAAAGAUAAAUAUUUAAAAAAGUUAAAAAAUAAUUAUGGGAUAGAAACUUUUAGUGGAAAAUAUCUAUUAUUUUUUCUAAAAAAAGAAUCAAUAAUUGUGGGUUCUUUUAUGAGAAAAAUCUGGAUAAUAUUAAUGAUUAAAUUAAAUGGGUUUGCUUUGAUGAACAUGAUGAUUUGA